GUGACAAGGCAUUUUAUCACAUGACUUCGCUGGGUCAGCCUGAGACAGUUUCCAAAGUUGUUAGCUCUGUAGUUGCCCGUAUUCGGUGAUCGUGAUCAGGAGUUGCGAUCAUGGCUUACCCCGGACUGCUGAUCCCGAUCAUAGUUAUGACUGUAUUUUGGGGUUUCAUCGGUGCCGUGUUGCCCUGGUUCAUUCCCAAAGGCCCAAACCGAGGGGUCAUUAAUACGAUGCUGGUGACGUGUGCUGUGUGCUGCUAUCUAUUCUGGCUUAUUGCUAUCCUGGCUCAGUUAAAUCCACUUUUUGGCCCACAGUUGACCUCUGAUGUCAUUUACUACCUAAGAUAUCACUGGCCUUAAGAAGAUAGUUUUUCUGCUGCUCUGAUAUCUCCAGGAGAAUGAAGAGUCUUAAAGUUGCCAGUUCCUCGCAUACCAAAAAUACAAAACUAUUCACAAAUGCCUUAAUGUUGUAUUAUGUAGAUCAUCUCUGGUGUUACGCAAGAAAAUGUUCUUGCAAAAAGGUCAAAGUUGAGAUGUGCAUUUCAAUUUUAAAUGAAAUUUUGCAAUAUACUUUCAUUCGCAAAAAUGCAUCUAGUAAUUUAUUACUGUUUCAGCAAGCAUAUGCACCAUGCCUCUUCAGAGAGCUAAGGGUGGUGUGUAUUGCAUCAUUAAACACUGCCACCACUGACACUGAGAAGGUUCACAGAGCUCUCACAGCAUAUGUGUGUGCAUCUUAAAAAUAGUAACUUUUUUUUCUAGAUGGUUCUAAUUUAAAAUUUUAAUUCACCUAUGCACAUUUAAAUUUUGUCCUUUCUAUCCCUUUUAUCGUGCUAAAUUUAACCAUUCCACCCCCCCAUGUGUUGUGGCGUGGUUGUGUUUUUUUGUUGUUUUUUUUUUUUUAAAUAAUUUAUUUGUGAUUUUGACACUCUGUAAUAUGUAAAGCCGUAUUUCUCAUUUCAAACAGGCUAUUUUUUUGCAAGGAAACUGCUGCGUAAAUUUUUACUUGAAGAUACAUUUUUAAACUUCUUCGCACCAAAACCCAAUCUUCAGCUGGAUAUCAGCAGACCUCAUCUCUCCAAUAGUGAAAGAAUGUCUAAAUAAGCAAAGCUAGUGUAUUUAUCUGUAUAGAUCUUUAUCACAAUGAUGUCAAAUAUCUUAUGCCCCUCCCCUUUCUGUGCCUUAGUACAUAUGCUUUAGGUAUGUGCCUUUCAAUAUGCUGAUCCUGAAUGUUUUUAUGAAAAUAAAAGGUUCCAUGAAAAAAACAUUGUGCAGAAAUUUUUACUGUCUUUCUGGCUUUCAAAUUCAUAUUGAGUAAACCCAUAUCAAAUAUAUUA